AUGAACCAAUGAAUCCAUAUAUCUGCCUCUAUCACUUUGUCUCUCUGCCAAUCCCCUAGCUCUCUCUCUGUAUUAAGUCUUGAGAGUAGCUCUCCAACACACUUUCUUCCAAUUCAUCCAACCCUAAAGAGACGAUAUGUUUUGAUAGGGGUCAACAGCAACGUUAGAGCACCAUUGUUGUCUUGUCUCUCAUAGACAACAAUUGUUCAAUCACAUUCUGCAUGUUAUAACAACUCUAUGUGAAUUAAAAACACCAUUGUAACUCUGUAGCUACCUCUCUCGAUUUGGUGGUCUCUUUCUGUUUGAUCUAAAUGGGUUUAAUUGGGAAGAUAUUGAACGAGGCUAUAAGCUUCAUUGUGUUCUGUUUUCUGGACCUCCUUGAUUUUGUUCUCUGUUAUGUGUACAAAGUUGCAGAUUUGUUAAUCGAAGCUGAAUGGAAGCCUUGUUAUUGUUCUUCCACUAAAGAAGCGAUUACUAGUAGUGGCAAGAUCUUGGUCUCCGAACAAGGUGAGUCCAAGAUUGUUUGUAUGAAUUCGAGCAAGCUGGAGAUGGAGGAUAUCUCCGACACUCUCUACGUGCGUCCUUCGCUUGUGUCCGAGGUCUCUAGAGUAACAACUAAGGGCGAGAAGGUGAUCAUCAAGAAAGGAACGGUGAGAUCGGUCACCGUUAACUCCACCAUUGUUGAAAUGCUUCAAGGGAAGAUUAACGGAGCACAACAACCUCAAUUUAUUCCAAGGUGGUCUGAUUGUGAUUGUCAAUUGUGCAAUUCUUGGUCGUCUUCUUGCAAAGAAACCCUCUACGUCAAAGCAGAAGGUCCAAAAGGUAAUAAGGCUAAAGAAGAUGUACUUUUCAUUCAUGGGUUCAUAUCAUCAUCAGCAUUUUGGACAGAGACAUUGUUUCCAAACUUCUCCACCGCUGCAAAAUCGACUUAUCGAUUGUUCGCAAUUGAUUUACUAGGAUUUGGGAGAAGUCCUAAACCAAUUGACUCUUUUUACACAUUAAAAGAUCAUUUGGACAUGAUUGAAAGUUCAGUCAUUGAACCAUACAAAGUCAAGUCCUUCCACAUUGUGGCUCACUCUUUAGGUUGCAUCUUAGCCCUUGCACUUGCCGUCAAACACCCUGGCUCGGUCAAGUCUCUCACUCUGCUAGCACCACCAUACUACCCGGUGCCAAAGGGUGCACAGGCAGCACAAUAUGCGAUGAGAAUGAUCGCUCCGCGGAGGGUUUGGCCAGCGAUGGCGUUUUGUGCAUCGAUUGCUUGCUGGUACGAGCAUGUCUCGCGGACAGUUUGCCUGCUCAUCUGCAAGAACCACAGGUUGUGGGAAUUUCUUACCAAAUUUGUCACCAGAAACAGGAUCAGGACAUACUUGCUUGAAGGGUUCUUCAUUCACACACACAAUGCAGCAUGGCAUACCCUACACAACAUUAUUUGUGGAGCUGCCGGAAAACUUGACCGUUACCUCGACACGGUCCGCGACCGCCUGAAAUGUAACGUCACACUAAUUCAUGGCAGGAAUGACGAAUUGAUCCCAAUUGAGUGUAGCUACAAUGUCCAGAAACGAAUUCCCCGAGCGCGAGUUAAGGUGAUCGACCACAAAGAUCAUAUUACCAUUGUUAUUAAAAGACAGAAGGCAUUUGCUAGAGAACUUGAGGAGAUUUGGAGAAGAUCGAGCUGAUUAUUGCACAAGUUUGAUGAAGCAAUUGCCACCGUAUAUAUAUAUAUAUAGUAUAUGAUGUGUACUAUCCAACCAAAAUGAAUAACUUUACUAGGAUUAAUGCCUCAAUUGGCAGGUUCUCUACUACUCUUCUUCGAGUGUGUGAAGUUGAAGUAAGUCCAUAUGUGAAAAAUGUAUUAUGGCAAUAUGAGUUCGAUAAGAAGAAAAGAAAUCUCAAUUUGAAUUU